AUGGACAAAUUGCUAUUAUCAUUGUCUUUCAUCGUGCUAUUAGCUUCAUUGACAGUUAAUUCAGCACCGAUGUCGAUGGCAGGCUCUAAAUUGAUAUCGACAAUUGACCAGCGGCAUCCAAAGCUCUCCGAUCUUCACUCGCAAAGGCAAUUCAAUGAGAAAGAUCAAAGCAUUCAAAUGCAGAAGCUCAAUCAACUUCAUAAACAAAUGAAUAAAUACGACAAUGAAGAGGUUGAAGCGAAUGAUGAUAGCAAAAGCGAAGAUGUUGAUGGUGAUGAUGACAAUCAACAACGACGACUCUUUAUCAAUCGACGAUACGAUGAUUUGUUGGGCGAAAUUCGAAUGCGUCAGAAUAAAAUGAUUGGAUUCCGUCCAUUCAGUGCACUUCCAUUCGGUUACUCAGCAUAUUCUGCACCAGUUUAUUAUCCACCAGAGUUCUACGAUGAUUUCUUGUCAUAUUAUGGAGGCUAUGACAAUGACGGAGUUGAUGACGACGAAGAAAUCAUGUCUCGACAGAAUCCGGGCAAUCGAAGAAGACCAGCGAAUGGAAAUUACAAGAAUUCUCCAAUUUAUUAUAUUCGACUGCCACCCACACCAUACAUGUUUGUACCGGGACUCGGAUACAUUUCCCAACCUCCAACUUACACGCCAAUGGCGCCAGUUCCUCAACCAAUCGCUCCAUUCUAUAAUCUUCCAUUAGAUUUCAUUUCAAAUGGAAAACCAACGAACAUUUAUCAAUGGGGAAGUCCGUCGAAUCCUUUUGCACCGCCACAACCGCAGUUCGUUCCACAGCAACCGCAAUUCAGCGCUUAUCCAUCAUAUCAAAGACCACAAAGACCUUACAACACUCAACGACCCGUCAACCCUUUCAUUCAAGAGUCGAAAGUCACAAACCUCAAAGGACCUUUCUUGUUUAAUGGACGACCCGAAGAAAUCUUCCUUCUUCAAAAUACUUUCAAUCCACUUUAUUCUGAUCCAAGAUUCUCUUCUCCAUUUUAUUGA